UAUAAAUCCGCCAGUAUACCUUAAGAUGCAUGCGACUACAGUACCUACAAUUACCCUCUCUUCCAAAUCCCCACACUUGACCCAUCAACAUCAACACCAUGACACCUACAUGGCAAAUCACCCGUCUCCUCCACGGCGUCCGAGCCAUAGUUGGCGGCCAAGGACCCCCGGUGGUUCUCAUCCCCGGCUGGCCCCAAACGGCCGAAGCAUUCAGCGAUAUUUUCGAACCCCUCUCCAAACAUUAUCAAUUCUUCGCCCUCGACCCCCCAGGCUUAGGUGAAUCGCCCGCUCCCGUCAACGGCUAUGACACCGCAAACGUGAGCAACGUGAUGGCCGAAGCCAUCCACGACCUCCUACAAGAGCAACCAUACCAUCUCAUCGGCCACGACGUAGGCGGCUGGAUUGCCUAUCCCUGGGCCGCUCAAUUCCAAUCCCGAAUCAAAUCCCUCAGUAUCCUCGACGCCUCCGUACCGGGCUUCCUCCCCCCGUUCCAAUUCCCCUUAUCCAACCAGACCAACCUCCGUCUGUGGCAAUUCUCCUUCAACGCGCUCCCCGAAUUACCUGAGAUUCUCGUCACCGGUCGUGAGCGAGAACUACUCACCUGGUUCUUCAAUCUAAAGACAGUGCACAAGGACGGUUUACGCGAAGACCACUUCGAACGGUAUAUCCAGGCCUAUUCGAGACCCGGGGCCAUGAGUCGUGGAUUCGAGUAUUAUCGGGCCUUUGAAACGAGCUCGAAACAGAAUUUGGAGUUUGCGAAGACGCCGCUUGAUAUUCCGGUGCUGGCUUUGGGGGGUGCGAGUUCUGUGGGUUCGGGGAUGGUUCAGUUGGUUCGGAACUUUGCGAGGAAUGUGUCCGGGGGAGCCAUUGAGGAGUGUGGACAUUUUUUGCCCGAGGAGCAGCCGCCUGCUGUUGCGCGGAGGUUGUUGGAGUUUUUGGAGGGGAUUGAUUCGAAGUGAGAUUUCUUGGACGUACCUUUUAUCAGUUGCUCUAGACAGUCAAAAAUUAUAGAUUGGUUAUGUACGGAGUAGAGGUUAUCUCAAGGACGUUUCAUGGCGGCGAGCAGAG